AUGGAGGCGAAGCAUGCCCCAAAAAGAAACAUGCCAGCAUCAGAGAACAACGAGAAGGUCGCCUCUCCAAAUGAGAAGCCACCAGCGUACGAGAACAAGCAAAAUGCACCUACAAUCAACAACAACGAGAACGCUGCCACAGACAACAACGAAAAGCCAGCAGAACCCGUCAAAGAGAAGACCGCCUCCGAGAAAGCCAUGAUGAGAUCCGAACCCCCGGAGGAACCAAUGUCACCAGAGCAGCGCAAGAAAUGGCUCGUAUCCCGAAACCCGAAGCAGCGAUCUGCCGCCGCCGCCAUCCCGGGACGAAUGUGUCGAUGCAAGUCAUCCAUCUGCAUGGUCGACACCUUCAAGUACACCUCCCUCAAAGAGCUCAUGUUCGCUAAACUCGCGCUUCAGCAUCCGGGCCCGGAAACCAGAGAUAAAUUCGAUGGGUUCUUCGAGCAAUACGCAAGGGAUAUUGAUCGUAUGACGGAUGAGGCGUUCCAUAAUCGCUAUCCGUGUGGAAGGAGAGGCUCUGCUUCCAUGAUCUGGUCGCAGGAGAAUUCAGUCUGGAAGAAGUGCUUCGGCGAGUUCGUGCCCUUUCCCGGCGUUCCUCCGCUCAAAGGAAAGGAGUUCAAGCUUACGUACCGCUCAUUGCAAGAUCUUAUCUGGUGUCGUAUCAUGCAUGAAGGUAGCACCGCGAACCCGCUCACCGAACAUGAGAAGUGGAGGUUCGAGGAGAAGGCCAAGGAGUGUCUGGAGACUGCUAAGGGCUCUUACUUCGGACAUUCGCCUCAGCAUCAAAUGUAUCGAUCCGAGUUCCAUUUGUGGGGUUGGUACUUUCCCGGCGAACCAUUCCCAGGAGUUGACCCUGAGCUGAGAAAGAAACCACCAGCGCGACCAGACACCCCAUCACUUCCUCCCCCACCACAAAAUCCACCACCUCAACGUCGUCAACAGCAAUAUAACUCAAGCAGCAGUAGUGGUGGAUGUUGUGUGGUCCAAUAG